AUGGUUAAUUGGAGGGAGAUAUUAGCAAAUAUUGAGCAAGGGGGUUUAGGGGUUAGAAAUCUUGCAGAAGUCAAUGACUGUCUUUUGCUCAAAUGGUGGUGGAGGAGGGUUUGGAGUGAUAUUCUUCAACUUGUUCAUAAAAGACCUGCUCCUGUUGAAUUUUACCUAUCAAACCUUAAACUAUCAGUAGGGAAUGAGGAUAGAAUUCAUCUUUGGGAGGACAAGUGGUUGAAUAAUUUAUACCUGAAGGAGGAGUUUCCUAGAUUGUAUAGCUUAUCAGAGGAGAAAGGCUGUAAUUGUAGUGCCUUUGUAGGCUGUAAAGAGUUCACCCACUACCACCUUCAGACGCCUUUGCAUUAUCUUAAUGUAUAUUUGUAUGCUUUCGGUGAGCCACUAGCAUGGGAGGAAGAGGAGGUACUAAGAUUGCAUGAGUUGCUCAGGGAAACACCUACUCUUUCUUUGGAGUCUAAGGACUCAUGUCAGUGGAUGGCCAAUCCAGAAGGAUCUUUUACAGUAGCAUCAGCAUGGAAGUGGUGGAUGUAUUCAAAAGGUCCGAAUCUCAAUGUUACUAAGGACUUAUGGAAAAAUUUUGCUCCAUCCAAGGUAAAAUUCUGUGGGUGGUUAGUUUGGAGAGGUAGGCUUAAAACUGUAGCUGUUCUAAAAAAUUUAAGAGUGUUAAAUGAGGACUCAGAUUCAUUGUGCCUGUUUUGUAAAUCAGAGGAGGAGUCAGUUCAUCAUCUCAUGUUGUUUUGUCCAUUUGUUGAUAUGAUGCAAUGGUGGGGUCUGGUGUGGGUUUUACCCGGUUUAGUUAAGGAUUUAUUGCUUUGGUGGUCAGGAGUCAAAUUCAGCAAGAUAGUCCUCAGAAUGUGGAAAGUAAUACCUUUAGCUGUUAUGUGGUCAUUAUGGAAAGCUAGGAAUGAAUGUCUUUUUAGUGGCAAACCAGUUGAGUGGAAUGAAUUAGCAGAGUUGGUGAAUGUAAGGGUAGCACUUUGGAGUAAAUUGAAUAUUGAGGGGAUGCACUACUCAGUGCAGCAGAUAGUUACUAAUUUGCAUCAGACCAAGGCUUGUGUUGGGAGAAGAAGGUUGCCACUUGGUUGA